AAAAGUGUUGCUUGUUGGCGCUUUUGACAAACAAAACAGACACACACAGACAUCAAAUCUUUUGUUUGUUCGGUAUUUUUGUCUUCGAUUUUAGUUUCUUUUUAAAAAAAAUUUUCAUUUUCAUCAAAAAUCUUAAAGUGAAAAACCAUUUGCGAAAAAAUUUCAAACAGUAUUUUUUUUUUCCUUUUUCAAACUUUGAUUUUCAUUACAAAAAAUUAUGGCCGAUCCAUCAACGAAUAAAACAACAUCGACGACGACAACAACAACGAAUAAAAAUGAUAUCGUUGAAUCAUCAACAUCGAAUGUAGAAAUGAAACAAUCAUCAUCAUCAUCAUCAUCGUUAUCAAAAAAUCAAAAAGAUGAUGAAGCAAGUAGUUCAAUGAUCGAACCUGAUAAAGAAUUAUUAGCCGAAGCAUUACAAUCAAUGCAACAUGGUAAACGUCAUAUGAUUGUUUCGGAUUAUCGUUCAGCUGUACCUUGUUUUGAAACUGCUUGUGAAUUUCUUGGCCAUUUAUAUGGUUUACGUGCAUUAGAAUGUGCUGAAGCAUAUUUAAAUUAUGGUAUUGCAUUAUAUGAAUUAUCACGUCUUGAAGAAGGUCUUGAUGGUGGUAUUGUUAAUGUUGAAAAACAACCGGAUAGUGGUGGUGAUGAUGAUGACGAUGACGACGAUGAUGAUAAUGAUGAAAAAGAUGGCGAUGAUGACGAACAAGAAGAUGAAAAUGCUGCUGCUGGUGAUGAAAAAGAAAAAACUAAAGACGAUGAACAAGGGGAUGAUGAUGAAAAACAAAUGGAUAUUGAUCUAAUGGCACAACAAAAACCAUCAACAUCUAAAGCAUCAUCAGCGAUCGAUGUUCCUGGAACUUCAUCAGCUACAAAUGGUGGUAAUAAAAAUGUCGAUGGCGAAGAAGAAGAAGAAGAGGAAGAAGAUAAUGCUUCAAAUAUUGAAAUUGCAUAUGAAGUAUUAACAACAGCCAAAGAUAUUUAUAGCCAACAUUUGGAUAAUAGUGAAAUAACAUUAAAUUAUGCUGAAGCAUUACAAAAACUAGGCGAAAUCAGUAUUGAUUGGGAAAAUCCAGAUGGUGCUAUUGGAUUAUUGAAUGAAUGUCUGGAACAACGACGUCGUGUAUUACCGGCAGAUGAUCGUUUAGUUGCCGUUACUUAUCAUUAUUUAGGUUUAGCAUAUUCAUUUAAAUUAGUACAUUCAAAUGAUAUGCCAACAACAUAUGAAUGUGAAACAUCAAAUAAUUGUUUUCAAAGUGCAUUGGAUGUUAUAAAAUUACGUAUAGAUAAUCUUAAAAAUAAAGAUACAAGUAAAAUGGAUACAUUUGAAAAAGCAACAUUAGAAAGUGAAAUACAACAAUUAGAAAGUUUAAUGCCUGAAAUUCAAUUAAAAAUUGAAGAUAUGAAAGAACAAAUACAAAGUGGUCGUAAUAUAAUGGAUCGUUUAGAAAUGGUUGAUAAAAAAGAACGUGAAAAAACUGAAGAAUUUUCUAAAUUACCUGAAAAACCAAUUACCAAUAUUACACAUUUGAUUAAACGUAAACGUGAUGAUAUUGAUGGUAACAAUACUACUACUACUACUUCGAAUGGAAAUAACAAAGAAAAUGGUACAUCAAAUUGUAGUAAUAGUAAUAAUGAUGUUCCAAGUAAAAAAUUAUGUUCAUCAUCAUCAUCAUCAUCAACGAAUAAUGAUAAUGUAGCUAACACAUCUUUAGUAUCAUCAACAACCACCGAAUCAUCAUCGACAGCCGCAACAGCAACCGAAUUAACAUCACCAAAAAAUGGUGACAAUAAUUAAAUUAAUUUCAUAUCGUUUUU